AUGAAGAAUCUCCUCCCAGACAAUCUCCUCCCCAGCCCCAGUCAUGAACCACAGCAGGCCAUCCACGCCACACAGAAGCCCUUCAAGUGUAGUAACUGUAGAGAAAGGUUCCUGAAGGCCUUUGCUCUCCUCAACCACCUGAUAGCCCACCCUGAAGAGAGAUAUUUCCGAUGCCCGAUUCAUGGAGGUGCCCCCUCCAAGAACUUGACCUGUUCUGAUGACCAGAAGGACCCCUCUGAAGAAGAUGCCCGUGUGUGUGGUGAGUGUGGGAAAGCUUUCAACUACGCAUUCAGACCGAGGAAGCACCAAAAGAUUCACAUAGGCGUACGGGCUUUCCAGUGCAGCGAAUGUGGGAAGACUUUCAGUCGAAAAGAUGCCUUGGCGCUGCACGAGCGGACUCACACUGGAGAGCGGCCAUAUGAGUGCAGCAAGUGUGGUAAGGCCUUCAGUGUGCUGUCCACCCUCAUUCGUCACCAGAAGGUCCACUUUGGAGAAAGGCCCUACGAGUGCAAGGAGUGCGGGAAGUUUUUCAUAUACAGUAAGAGUUUUGUUCUUCACCAGAGAGUCCACACGGGAGAGAGACCCUUUGUAAGUGAGCACUGUGGGAAAACCUACGUGACCCGCUCGGGCCCGUACCAACACUGGAAGGUCCACACUGGAGAGAGGCCAUAUGGGUACAGCCUGUGUGGGAAAACCUUCACCACCCGCUCCUACCGCAAUCGGCACCAGCAGUUCCACACCAGGGAGAGGGCCUACACAUGUGCUGAAUGCAUGAAAGCCUUUAAGCACAGUUCAACCCUCCACCAACACAGGAAAAUCCACACUGCAGAGGUCUCGGGAAGUCAGCAGCAGCAGAAAAGCUAUCAGCGGCUAACAGCUGGCUCAGUAGGAGAAACCCCAUCUUAGAAAGGAGAUGGGGCAAGCAGCCUUCGUGAGGGUUCCAUCUGAAAGAGGCAAGGCCUCCUACAUCCAGAUGCCACGCUGCACUCCACCUGACCCUGGGUGGUUUCACGCAUGCUACCAGACCCUGGGAGGUUCUCUGCAUGCCACCUAUAUGGGGAACUUUGGGGGCCACACUGCAUUCUCUGCCUGCCCAGAUUACUGCCAGUCAUGUCACUUGCAGCUCCUAUGACAGAAGCCAUCCCACCUCCAACACUAGGCAAGUCCCCACUGUGCUUGUCAGUCACCUGUGUCCACUGAACUGCCCCUAUCCCCUUCAUAGGAGUGAACUAUGAGUGGCGGAGCCCAUAACAGGCCUCCAUGACUGGGGGAGGCAUGGACAGGAUCCCAUGCUGCCCAAGAGGAGCGGAGCCAUCCUCUGGGAAGCUUCCAGACCUUGCUUACCAUUUUUUUUUUUUUGCUCCGAAUGCCUUCAGGGCAGGUUUGGCUGGCUUGAGUUGUGGGGAUCAAACCAC